AUGGCUACUAUAGCAUUUGUCGCCAUCUGCAUCGUCAUAUCGACGCACUACCCUUCCAUUUUCUCCUGCUUUUCUCUCUUGUUAUAUUUCCCCGUUUCAUUCCUAAGAAUCCCGGACUUUUCCCCAGUCACCGUUUACUUAAUCUUCUCUUAUAGCCUUACAACUCUGUCUCGUCUCCUUCAACGAUAUCCGGCAAGGGAAGUUGUGUUCGCCUCUCCUUCCUUUUCCCUUACGCCCAUGGCAAAGCUGGUUAGUCAGGAGGGCUAUAGAUAUAUUUGCAACCAAGAAAACGGCACCCAACAACCAUUCCUACAUUUACCAUAUACCUGCAUCAGCGUGUCCCUUUUUCUUUUCACGUCUUUUUCUUCUUUAACUGCUCUGACUACGUUUUUCUUUCCUUCCUUUCGUUCUUUUGCUUUCUUUUGUCAUCAACACGUUUCUUUAUUUUCAUUUUCAUUUUUAAGCCAGUUUUCUGCUGUACAUUUAUUCCUUUCUUUUCUUUCAUUGAUUUUUUCUUUUUCCCCAUUUCGUCGAUUUUUUCUUUUCCUCCCUUUCGUCGAUUUUUUUCUUUUCCUCCCUUUCGUCGAUUUUUUUUUUCUUUUCUUCCCUUUUGUCGAUUUUUUUCUUUUCUGCCCUUUCGUCGAUUUUUUUUUCUUUUCCUCUUUUUUGUCGAUUUUUUCUUUUCUUCCCUUUCGUCUUUUUUUUUUCAUUUUCUUCACUUUCGUUGAUUUUUUCUUUUCCCCCUUUUUGUCGAUUUUUUCUUUUCCUCUUUUUUGUCGAUUUUUUCUUUUCUUCUCUUUCGUCGUUUUUUUUUUCUUUUCUUCCCUUUUGUCGAUUCUUUUUAUUUUCCUCUUUUUUGUCGAUUUUUUCUUUUCCUCAUUUUUGUCGAUUUUUUCUUUUCUUCUCUUUCGUCGAUUUUUUUUUCAUUUUCUUCACUUUCGUUGA